UCGGGCGGAGGAAGAUGCUGAGACCCCCAGCUGGAGCCCCAUGUGACCGGGGAGUGUCUGGCUGACUGGCCGGGGAGGGAGGGGGGUGAGGCGGCCUCUGCUGCUCGGAUGGCCGCAGUGUGAGCGGCGGAUUUGCUGUACGGCUGCACGGAGGAGGAUCGGCGAGGACAUGGCCGGGAUCCUGAAGAGGGUUCCCGUCCUCGCUGUCAGUUCAGUGUCCCUGUUUGUGCUGUUAAUGGUCCUCCGGCUCAUCAACGAAAUGAACUUCCUGAAGUUGCUGUCUUGUUUUGGGCAGACCAGCUCCCAGUGUGCACCCGUGCAUGUCACGUGGCGGCAGCGGCCUCGGACGUAUCACGACGGCUACAUUAACAUUAAGACGCUUGAGCCUCUUGAGCUUGACUGUGGCCAUUGCGCAAUUGUAUCAAAUUCUGGGCAGAUGAUCGGGCAGAAGGUUGGACCUGAAAUUGACCACUCUUCCUGCAUUUGGAGAAUGAACAAUGCUCCCACCAAAGCCUAUACAGAAGACGUAGGGAAGAGGACUACGAUCCGGGUUGUGUCUCACACCAGCGUCCCUCUCCUGCUCAAAGACCCCAAUUACUUCUUCAAGGAGACCAAUGACACCAUCUACGUCAUAUGGGGUCCUUUCAGGAACAUGCGUCAAGAUGGGAAGGGGAUUGUGUACAACAUGCUGCGCAAAGUGGUGGAAAAUUACACUGGUGCUAAAGUCUACAUAACAACUGAGAUGCGCAUGAACUACUGUGACAGUGUCUUCAAACUGGAGACCGGUAGAGAUCGAGUUCAGUCUGGAUCGUACCUCAGUACCGGCUGGUUCACUAUGAUCCUCGCCAUGGACGCAUGUGAAGGAAUCCACGUUUAUGGAAUGAUUAAUGACACAUAUUGCACAACAAAUGGCUUCCGGAAGGUUCCCUAUCACUAUUACGAACCAGGAAGAUACGAAUGUGAUGAGUAUAUCCUCCACGAGAACGCUCCAUAUGGCGGCCACCGCUUCAUCACGGAGAAGCGAGUCUUUGCCAAGUGGUCGAAGCUGCAUAAUAUAACCUUCUCCCACCCGGACUGGACAUUACCUUGAAAUAAAUCACUCAGAAACUUUCAGAACCUCAAAACCUUCCAUAAUAAUACCCAACA